CAGUUUUUGACUUCGCAAGAUUAUUCAUUAAUGUGGAAUAUAAGCCACUCGUCAGGGUCAUUGAUUAAUCAAGGUAGCUCUGUAUCUGCACAACUUACGUCAAAGGGAGAUCAAAUUUCAUAUUUGCGGACCAAAAUAUUUUCGUCUUAUAAAACAGAAAGUUUCAAUUCUCAACUUAAACAAUCAUUUAGUAGCAUUACAAAACCAACACCCAGAACUGUUACACCAGUUCAAAUUUCUGAUUUGCAGACUAAAAUACCUUCGUCUUAUAAAACUGAAAGUUUCACUUCGCAACUUAAACAAUCAUUUAGUAGCAUUACAAAACCAACACCCAGAACUGUUACAUCCGUUCAAAUUUCAGAUUUGCAGACUAAAAUACCUUCGUCUUAUAAAACUGAAAGUUUCAAUUCGCAACUGAAACAAUCAUUUAGUAGCAUUACAAAACAAACACCCAGAACUGUUACAACAGUUCAAAUUUCAGAUUUGCAGACUAAAAUACCUUCGUCUUAUAAAACUGAAAGUUUCAAUUCGCAACUGAAGCAAUCAUUUCGUAGCAUUACAAAACAAAUACCCAGAACUGUUACAACAGUUCAAAUUUCGGAUUUGCAGACUAAAAUACCUUCGUCUUAUAAAACUGAAAGAUUCAAUUCGCAACUGAAGCAAUCAUUUAGUAGCAUUACAAAACAAACACCCAGAACUGUUACAACAGUUCAAAUUUCAGAUUUGCAGACUAAAAUACCUUCGUCUUAUAAAACUGAAAGAUUCAAUUCGCAACUGAAGCAAUCAUCUAGUAGCAUUACAAAACAAACACCCAGAAUUGUUACAACAGUACAAAUUUCAGAUUUGCCUACUAAAAUACCUCGAUCUUGUGGAAAUAAAUGUUCAAAUUUUAAAAUAAGAAAGUUUUCAAGUGGCAAUAUUAAGACCAUGCCUAGCAUGGAUAAACUGAGUUCAAUAUCAAUGACAUAUUUUUCAUAUGAUGAAAUAAACAGUCAGACCUCACUACAAAGCUCUCAAAAUGACGACUUCUUUUACUCGUUAGUUGAAAAACGAUUGUCAACAAUGUCUUUGACACAUUCCUCGGGUAGGACAUCGUCUAAUGACCAAAAUAUCCAGCAAUCUGGUUCCAUGUUGUUUCUAUUGAGCAAAAGCAGUCCAUAUAUUGUAGUUCCCGCACCAUACUCAAAAGGAAUUGGAAACAUUAAACCAAGAGUCACUUCAUUGUUACCAAGCAUCGUAUCGUCUAUUUCAAAAGACAGAGAAAAUGUACCAAAUUCGAAUACGAAAGAGGACGAUGACAGCAAACUUCUUAUGAUUUUUAUUCCAAUCAUCAUCGUCUUAUUAAUCCUGAUCGUUGUCGCUUUAUUUAAGUCGAUGAAGCAUAAACGUCAAGUUAAAAGCAUACACAUAAUGAGCAAUAAAAGGUACGGAUUAAAGUCAAAAAAUGUCAGCAUCAGUCCUCCGAUAAGUUUGGCAAAUAACGAAUCAGAAGUAAGAGCCGCUCGCUCAAUGUUGAGGAUAAGUGGUGUCGGUAAUUUCGAGACAAUAAAUGAAGGCGACGAACCCGCAAAGCCUGAAGAGUCUGACAAGUCUGAGGUUUUUGACCUUUGAUCCAAAGAAGUUUGAAGAUCAUGUUUUUUUUAAUUUUAGAAAAUAUAUCAGUUUGUAUUUAUAUUAAGUUAUAAAUCUAUCUUAUGUAUACAUCUAUCUUAUAUAUCGUUAUAUAUAAAAAACCAAAAAUGAUGUAUAUAUUUUGGCAUCUCAAUCAUAUGUUUCCUGUUUGAUCCUAUCAUCAAAAGAUUAACGAAUCAUUUGAAGUCGAUCCAUCGGUUUAAUAAAAAUACGAUACUGUAAGUGACCUUCAGUGUUAAUGAAUACAUACAUUUGUCAUAGUGUGAGAUGUAUAAUUCAGUAAGUAUAAGAUAUGACUUGAGUGAGGUAAUGCUCAAUAAAUAAUUAUUUACAAGA